AUGAAAUCUGACUCCUACUUCAUAUGCAACGAAUCAAAGAUGUGCAAAACGGUCAGUAUAUUCCGAACUCUGUUCACAACAAGACACGUAAAAGCACUGGUACAUUCAGAAAAAACCAUGUCCUGGACUAAAGUGGUAGCUAUAACAGGAUGUGACAGUGGCCUCGGAUGGGCACUCGCCGCAAGAACCGCUCGGGAAGGACUUGUUACAGUAGCAGGCAUGUACAAAGGAACGGAUACUGAAGCUUCACGGGCUCUUAAGAAUCUAUGCGCUCAUCCGUGUAACUUGGAUGUUACAGAUUCCAAAAGCAUUACUGAAUUUCAUAAUUACAUUAAGACUCUUAUGAAAAACAAUCCAAAUUACAAACUUUAUGCAGUAGUCAACAAUGCUGGAGUAAUGACGAUUGGUGACUAUGAGUGGCAUACACCGCAAAUCAUAGAAAAUACUAUAAAUGUAAAUUUACUUGGGGCAAUGAGGAUAGUGUCGAAAUUUUUACCUGAUUUGCGACAUAGUGCAAAUGAACCACGGAUAAUAAACAUUGCAAGCCAUUGCGGGUUGCAACCUCUGCCAGGCUUUGGACCCUACAGUGCAAGUAAAGCGGGCUUAUUAGCUUGGACUCGUGCUUUACAUUUGGAGCACACUCAGAACCAUUUAAAAGCAAUAGCUUUUGUACCAGGGGGAUUCGUUGGAUCCAGUUAUUUAAUGGCUAAUCAAUUCCAAAACGGAAAUGAAAUGUUGGCACAUUUAUCGGAAGAGCAAAAAAAUUUACAUGAAAAGAGAAUGCGAGCUUUAAAUGAAUAUUUAAAACAUGCUUCUAAAUAUGCUAAAUAUGAUUCGUUAAAUGAUGAAAAUAUUAUUGAGACGUUUAUGAAAGCUCUCACUGAUGAAAACCCAAGAAAAAUGUACAAAGUAGAAUCAUGGCGUUACAAAUUUUAUUAUAAUUUAUUUAAAUUGCCUUUUCCAGAUACAAUUUGUAAAUGGCUAAUUAAAAAAUUUUUAAAUUUCCCUGAUCCUAAA